CUGUCAGAGUUCAGGUGGGAUUUUGUGAGUGUCUGAAGUUGCCUCUCAAGCCGUGUGUGUGUGUGUGUGUGUGUGUGUGUGUGUGUGGUGUUGUCUGGGAGUGUCCGCAGUCUGCCUGAGGCUGGGUGUGCAUGUUGAGUGUGGAAGGGCCUGGUGUGAGAGUGUGAGUUUGUCCUCCUCCGAGGGUCUGUGUGACUGAAUGCAGACCUGUGUGUCACGAGGGUCUAUGGUAGUUUGUCAUUUAAGGGAUCGUAUGUGACUGAGUGGGGGCGUUAGAGCAACAGGGAGCCCAGUCCUUUGUGACUCCUGUGGCUCUGGUAAUGGAGUUUGGCUUCUGUGUGUGGUUUUGUGUGGGAGGGGCUUACGUGGAGGGCGAGUUUGUGUGGCUGUUGUGGUUCGUGACCCUGUGCCAUGCUGGAUGUCCCUGUGGGAAGGGCUUGCCUGAGGAAGCGAACAAUGUGCGUGUGGUUGUGUUUGUGUGCAAGUAUAACAAGUGUCCCCAAACCAGGUGGCCACACUGUGCUGAGUCCGCGUGGCUGCGUUCAUCUGAGCUAAUUGCGUUCCAGGAUGUGGCGAUAGACUUCUCCCAGGAGGAGUGGGGGCAGCUGAGUCCUGGCCAGAAGGUGCUGUACUGGGACGUCAUGCUGGAAAACUACAGGAACCUGAUCUCACUGGGAAUUUGCAGUUUUGAAAACUUUAUUUCAGACUGGGGCACUGGGUCUGACGACAGGAUACCUUCAAAGCAUAACAUCUCUGAAGAGUCACCUCAAAAGAAGGGACAUCGGGACAUGAACUUCAUAAAGGCCUGCAGAGAGAACAGCCUCUCUGAGAUGCCCAUCCUGGUGGAAUCUCUGAGCAGCUUCACAGAGAAGAAAGGCUAUGGAUGUCCUGAAUGUGGGAGAGCCUUCAGCUCCAAGUCCUUCCUUACUCAGCACUGGUGGAUCCACACAGGGGAGAGACCCUAUGAAUGCAGUGAGUGCACGAGGGCCUUCAGCCAGAGAGCAAACCUUACUCAGCAUCAAAGAAUUCAUUCUGGAGAGAAACCAUACAAGUGUGAGGACUGUGACAAAGCUUUCAGGCGGAGCUCCUCCCUCCGGGAGCACCAGAUCACCCACAGUGGCAGGAAGCCAUUUCUCUGUAAUGAAUGUGGGAAAGGCUUCAGCAAAUGCUCAGCCCUCCUCUCCCAUCAGAGGAUUCACACUGGCGAGAAACCCUAUCAGUGCAAUGAGUGUGGGAAGGCCUUUAGUGAUCAGUCUUUCUUCAGCCAGCACCGGAGGAUCCACAGUGGGGAGAAACCUUACCAAUGCAGUGAAUGUGGAAAGGCCUUUAGCUGGGCCUCAUCCCUUAAUCUCCACCAGAGAACUCAUACAGGUGAGAACCCCUAUAAGUGUCCCGACUGCAGGAAACCCUUCCAGUACAGGUCCUCCCUCAUCGAGCACCGGAAAACCCACACAGGAGAGAAACCCUACAAAUGCAGUGACUGUGAGAAGACUUUCCGCUACAGCUCCUCCCUCAGCCUCCAUCAGAGAACUCACACUGGGGAGAGUCCCUACACGUGUAAGCAGUGCGGGGACGCCUUCAGGUACCACUCCUCCCUGACCAAGCACCAGUGGACCCACAAAAUCAAGACACCCCAUGAGUGUAAGGAAUGUCUAAAAGCCUUUAGUUGUGAUUCAUCCCUUAAAGUACAUCAGAGGAUCCAUACCAGGGAGAAAUCCUAUGCAUACAGUGAGGGUGAGGAAGACCAUUGUGGCAACUGACUUCCAGCAGUUCUUAAUAAAACAGA